CCUAUAAGUUUUCACCUCUUUUAUUUUUUCGAUAACAAAUGCUUAAAUUAUUUUUCCAACUACUUGCCAGCAAGCACAGCCUUCAAAACAUAGAGAAGACCCUAUUACACCCUACUUUGAGUAACCUAACCAUGUCCCGACCGAAAGCUUCAGUCAAUCGUCCCACGGACUUAAGUCCUCCUUUAGUCGCGGAGACCAAUCCUACGAUUGUGUAUCCCGAAGCACGAAAGGAUGGUAAAAUCGAAGAAAUGCUGCAUGAGUACAGAAUAAGAGACGUCUAUCGGUGGCUUGAAGAUCCCGAUUCGGCUGAAACUCAAAGAUUUGUGAGUGCGCAGAACAAUAUUAGCCAACCGUUUCUCGAAAGAUGUGAGGAAUGGGAGGGUAUCAAUGCCAAACUGACAAAGCUCUGGAAUUUCCCCAAGUAUGGAUGUCCCAUGCGUCACGGGGAUUACUACUAUUAUUUCAAGAACACUGGCCUGCAGAAUCAGAGUGUUCUGAUGCAGCAGGAAAACUUGGAGAGCCCCGAGGUGGUAUUCCUAGACGCCAAUAGUUUAUCAGCCGACGGAACCACCGCUCUGAGCCAUAAAACCUUCUCCGAAGAUGGGGCGUACAUGGCCUAUGGACUGAGUGAAAGUGGUUCGGAUUGGAACAAAAUCCGUAUUCGGAGGGCCAAGGAGCGCACCGAUUUUCCCGAGACCCUGGAGAAGGUAAAGUUCUCGAAUGUCUCCUGGACAAAGGACAACAAGGGCUUCUUCUACGGUCGGUAUUCCGAUCAGGAUGGCAAAACUGAUGGCUCGGAGACGAAGCAGAAUGAGAACCAAAAGCUGUAUUAUCACCGGGUGGGAGAAAGUCAAGAUCAAGAUACUUUGAUUGCCGAAUUUCCCGAACAUCCGUCUUGGCGGUUCCAAACCGAUGUUACCGACUGUGGAAAAUAUCUGAUUCUAUCCAUUAGUCAUACUGUUCGCGAUAAUAUGCUGUACUAUGCUGAUUUAAAACCCGAAGAGGCAAUAACUUCGAAACUGGAGGUUAAGCCCAUUGUUGACAAAUUCGAGGCUGACUACGAUUACAUAACCAACGAGGGAUCCAAAAUGUACUUCCACACAAACAAAGAUGCUCCCAAUUACCGGGUUGUCGUGAUUGAUUUCAACAAUCCUGCUGAGGAAAACUGGUCCACCCUAAUACCCGAACACGAGAAAGACGUUCUGGAGUGGGCCAAGUGCGUCAACGAGGACAAACUGGUGGUUUGCUAUAACCGCGAUGUGAAGAAUAUUCUUCAGGCCCGUGAGUUGCAUACGGGGAAACUCAUCCGACAGUUUGGCCUGGAUAUUGGCUCCAUAAAUGGAAUCUCCGGAGAUAGGAAGUAUUCGGAGAUCUUCUAUGGUUUCUCAUCCUUUCUAACGCCGGGCAUCAUUUACCAUUACGAUUUUGCCAAGCCCGUGGAAAAGCCAAGAGUUCUGCGGGAAAUCAGUCUGAAUUUGGAGGGCUUUAACCGCGACGAUUACAGUGUGGAACAGGUGUUCUAUAAGAGCGCCGAUGGCACCAAUAUACCCAUGUUCAUCAUUCGAAGGAAGAGGGAUAGUGUGGAGCCCCGACCCUGUCUGCUCUACGGAUAUGGCGGCUUCAACCACAGCCUCAUGCCAUCGUUUGGCAUCACUGGUCUUAUGUUUAUGGACACAUUUGACGGAGUUUUGGCUUUCCCAAAUAUUAGGGGAGGCGGCGAAUACGGCAUAGAGUGGCACAACGGAGGUAGAUUGCUGAACAAACAGAACGGGUUCAAUGACUUCCAAGCGGCCGCAGAGUUCUUGACCAAGAACAACUAUACCACCAAGGACCGACUGGCCAUACAGGGCGCCUCGAACGGCGGACUUUUGGUGGGCGCCUGCAUCAAUCAGCGGCCGGAACUCUUUGGAGCAGCCGUUGCCCAAGUUGGCGUUAUGGAUAUGCUGCGGUUCCACAAGUUUACCAUCGGACAUGCCUGGUGCUCGGACUACGGCAAUCCCGAGGAGCGGGAGGACUUCGCCAACUUAUUUAAGUACUCGCCCCUGCACAAUGUUCACAUUCCGCUGAACCCGAACCAGGAGUAUCCUUCGACUCUCAUCCUGACAGCCGAUCACGAUGACCGUGUGAGUCCCCUGCACUCCCUUAAAUUUGCCGCCGCUCUCCAGGAGGCCGUGCGGCACUCGGAAUAUCAACUCAACCCCAUUCUACUGAGGGUUUAUACGAAGGCGGGUCACGGAGCGGGAAAGCCAACUAAGAUGCGCAUCAACGAGGCCACGGACAUCAUCACGUUCUACAAGAAGACCCUCAAUGUCGACUGUGUGAAUCUAUGAGAAAAAUCAGAGGUGGGCUUUAGAAUCUAUUAAAUUUAA